AAAGACUCAGCCCAAAGAAAACUACCCAGAACAGGUUUCUCUCUCUCGCUCGCUCGCUCGCUCGGUUUGCCUGUUUUUUAUGGGUAAUUUUGAUGCAUAAAAUCAUAUAUUAGGGGUCUAGUUACUGAGUUUAUCUAUAUCCAAUCAAAAUAUUUUUUUUGCAUACAAGUCCACCUCAACGAAAUUUACAUGAUGAUGAACAGUUCGGAUCACGUUGGCUUGUAGAGCCCACAAAAUGGGGUAUUUAGGGGCAUGGUGGGGAUGGGUCUUGAGAUGCGAUGCUCCCCUUGUAAAUAAACACUUCUGCUGAAAGUAUUGUAUUUCAGAUCCACACUAGGAGUGAAUCAAUAUAGCUGCAGAUGCAGGAGUACCAUAAACUUAGGCCCCCUUAUUAUUAGCAAUUUUUUUGGGGCCUGAAGCAGUGGUUUUCUAGACUUCUGCCCAGGGCCGGCCCUGUGCAUCAGCAAUGGUAAAGAAACAAUUUGCUCUCUGCUGGUGUAUUGCUACUCUACUGAUAUCUGUUUCUGCUGUUGUCAAUGGAUUCUCCCCCUGUCAUUGUGAGGAAGAGGGGUUUUGGAGCUUAAGCAGCAUUCUAGAGUGCCAGAAAGUGAGCGAUUUCUUGAUCGCCAUCGCGUACUUCUCGAUCCCCAUCGAGUUACUCUACUUCAUUAGCUGCUCCAAUGUACCCUUCAAGUGGGUUCUUGUCCAAUUCAUUGCGUUCAUAGUACUUUGUGGGUUGACCCAUUUGCUUAAUGGUUGGACAUACUUCGGCCCUCAUUCUUUCCAGUUGAUGCUGGCCCUUACCGUUGCCAAAAUCCUCACUGCCCUAGUCUCUUGCGCGACCGCGAUUACCCUUUUGACUCUCAUCCCUCUUCUCCUCAAGUUGAAAGUGAGGGAGCUUUUCUUGAAACAAAAUGUGUUAGAGCUAGACCAGGAGGUUGGGAAGAUGAUGAAGCAGAAAGAAGCUAGUUGGCACGUUCGAAUGCUAACCCACGAAAUUAGGAAGUCACUCGAUAAGCACACGGUUUUGUACACCACUCUAGUUGAGCUCUCCAAUACGUUGGAUUUGCAGAACUGUGCUGUUUGGAUGCCGAACGAGAGCAAAACGGAAAUGAAUUUGACCCAUGAGUUGAAAGUUGGUUCUUCAAAGAGGUACCAACGGUCACUUCCUAUUAAUGACCCGGAUAUAGUAGAAAUCAAGAAAAACAAGGGAGUUAGGGUUUUGAGGGCAAAUUCGGUGCUGGGGGCUGCAAGCAGUGGGGGGUCCGAUGAAUUAGGUGCAGUGGCUGCGAUUAGGAUGCCCAUGCUUCAUGUUUCGAAUUUCAAAGGGGGAACGCCGGAGUUUGUGGAGACUUGUUAUGCCAUAUUGGUUUUGGUUCUUCCAAGUGCAAAUGAGAGGGAUUGGAGUUACAAUGAGAUGGAGAUAGUUGAAGUAGUCGCUGACCAAGUGGCUGUGGCUCUCUCUCAUGCCUCUGUUCUUGAGGAAUCCCAACUAAUGAGGGAAACACUGGAGGAGCAAAAUCGGAUGCUUCAGCAGGCGAAGGAGAACGCAAUGAUGGCUAGCCAAGCAAGGAACUCAUUCCAAAAAGUGAUGAGUCAUGGGAUGAGGAGGCCUAUGCACUCAAUGUUGGGCAUACUUUCAAUUUUCCAAGAUGAGAAAUUGGGCUCUGAACAAAGAAUGAUUGUUGACACAAUGGUGAGGGCUAGUAGUGUCCUUUCUACUUUAGUAAAUGAUGUUAUGGAUAUUUCUGCCAAAGAUAAAGGGAAGUUUCCAUUAGAGAUGAAGCCUUUUCAACUGCAUUCUAUGAUUAAGGAAGCUUCUAGUCUUAUAAAGUGCUUGUGCAUGUAUAAGGGUUGUGGUUUUGUUCUUGAUAUUGAGAAGUCUUUGCUUAACCACGUGAUGGCCGAUGAGAGGAGGAUUUUUCAGGUGUUAUUGCAUAUGGUUGGGCAUCUGUUGAAUGUCAGCAACAGAGGGGUGUCUUUCAUCUUUCGGGUAGUUUCUGAAAAUAGUGAGGGGAAGAAUGAUAGAGGUUGGGGAAUGUGGAGAACAAAUGAGGAGUAUGUCAGCAUAAAAUUUGAAAUUGAAGUUACUGAUGGAGGUUCUCAAUCAAAUAAUGGUUCUAUAACGACUGUAAAUUUAGCUGGUAGGAGGCACAAUGGCAAGGAGGGCCUGAGCUUCAGCAUGUGCAGAAAGCUUGUGCAGAUGAUGCAAGGUAGUAUCUGGAUAUCCUCAAAUGCUCAGGGUCAUGCAAAAAGCAUGACUCUUGUUCUCAGGCUUCAAAUCCAACCUUUCAGAAAAGCCAUGUUUGAACUUGAAAAUUUAUCAGAGCAGCCGAAAUCAAACUCGCUGUUCAAAAGCCUUCAAGUUAUUUUAGCCGAUGAUGAUGACGUAAACAGAACAGUGACCAAAAGGCUCCUCGAGAAACUCGGUUGCAGAGUCUCUGCUGUUUCAUCUGGGUUUGAAUGUUUGAGCCUUCUGGGUCCUUCUGGUAAAUCAUACCCAGUUGUCAUUUUAGAUCUUCAUAUGCCUGAAAUGGAUGGGUUUGAAGUGGCGAUGAGAAUUCGGAAGUUCAGAAGCCACAGUAGGCCGUUGAUCAUAGCUCUGACUGCAAGUGCAGAGGAAUACGUGUGGGAGAGAUGCUUGCAAAUGGGAAUGAAUGGAGUAAUCCGGAAACCUGUGCUCCUACAAGGUAUGGCCGAUGAGCUCCGAAGAGUCCUUCAAUGGGCAAAUGAAGGAGUGCUUGUGAAGUAGGAACUCAAUAAUCGCGUGGUGUAGUUUCCUCAAGUUGUUUACGGCAAAUCAACUAUACGAUACUAGUUUUCUCUAACCGCGCUUAUAAAAUUUCUUUGUUCCCAGCAGAUGUAUUUGACAUAUAGUUUAAACCCAGAACAGCUUUUUGUAUGUUCAAAAUACCCACUUGGUAAUAAGAAUUAGAUAUGAUCCUUCA